CACAUUCUUAUUUUCAUAUUAUCUUAUAUUCCUGGUUAUUGAAGAGGAUAACACUACAGGGAUAUGCAAAACGUGCUUAUAAUUAUUAGCUUGAUUUUUGCUGAGUUUCUGAUCAUAUGUUUUGCUAAGAGUUAUGUUAUAACUCGUGCUUUAGAAAAUGAAGGUCAUGACAGAUUUGAAAUUGUAAAUAAUAACUUCGUAUGUCAAGAAUCGAGUUAUUUGGAUUGCAAGUCGAAGAACGGACGGCGAAAGUCAAAUAUGACAGGAUGCGAAUGCUCUUGUGACAAGGAAUUCACGACUUUUGGCCUYUACAAUCGAACAUGGACUUGUCAGAAUAACACAAAAUUACGACUACAGUCAGGUUGUCAGGCUUUCUUUGAAGGAGAAGAUCCAUUGUCCUCCGUGAAGGUGUUGAUAUCCAAAUCGACCCCCUAUAAAAUUCUCUUUCCUUCAAUUUUAUGUCGAAUUGAUUAUUCUAAAUCUCGCUACCAAGAGUGUAAUGGCACUUGGAAUGGGCUGGGCACUUCGGGUAGUGUAUCAAAGGCGUUCAUUUUGAUUCCAUGGCCGGAGUAUUUACCUGGAAAACCAUGGAAUAGAUUCUUUAUGAAGGUAUCAGAUCAAGUACCAUCCGUUUUUCUUGGUCGAAUGGUCAGUCUUCAUUUCACAUGUACAAAUACUUGUCUUCUGUUUAAGAUGAAUGGUAAACUACGUUGUCCAGUCGCAUCAGCUGUUUUACCWACCAAGCAUAUAAUAAAGUUGUCUACCGCAAUGYCUUYKAAAACAGAACASAAAAKAAACUCCUCUAAGGUCAUUUCCACUUUACCAACCACAACUCAAACAAAGAACUCACCAACUGAAAACUCUCCUGCUAUGGUGCUAGGUAUUGCGACAGCUUUUGGAAUCGCAUUCCUUGCCGGUGGGAUUGUUGCCAUGGUUAUGAUAAUACGCAAAAGACAUAAAAAAAGAAUACCGAAAUCACCAUCGCAAAAUGAAUUAAGUGCGCCUCACAGCUGCGAUAUUGGUGAAUCAUCACCUCAAAGAAAUCCCGAAGGUGGGUUAAUUUACGACUACGCAACAAGGGAAAACAUAUGGGCAAAGCCCAGGGUGACCAACGGAGGCUACGAAAUCCCRCAAGACGAUAAACAAAUGAAUAACAUGGUGUCCAACGAAUUCUAUMAAAUUCUAGAAGAUAAUAAACAUGCAAAACUUGUUGAGCUCAAUGGUGGCUAUGAAAUCCCAGCAGACAACUGGAAAACAAUGCGCAGGGAGUCCGACUUGGAUAAUGAAAUUUCAGUGGACAAUAUUUGCUCAAAACUCAGGCAGCCCAACGGUGAAUAUGAAAUCCUAGACGACAAUAGGAGACCAAUGCACGGGGAGCCCAACUCAGAUUAUGAAGUACUAGUAGACAAUGAUWAUUCAAAACUCAGGGAGACCAACGGUGGAUAUGAAAUCCCAGACGACGGCAGGAGCCAAGCACACAGGGAGCCCAACUCGGCUUAUGAAAUUCCAAUAGACAAUAAGAGAUUAAAACGUAGGGAGACAAAUGGUGGUUAUGAAAUUCCACAAGACUACAAAGGGGCGUACGUGGAUAUGAGUAGAAAAGCUCCUGGUAAAAAUGAUUACAUGGCAAAUGCUGGAGAAAAACCAUGUAAUAAUACAUUGUAUGAUAGUGAUGAAUAUGUGUCAAUGAUUUGAAUAUUGGUAUGUCUAAUACAUGGUAUGAUAGUGAUGAA